GCGCAGCGACUCGCCGUAGAUUUGGCGGGUACUGCAAAAACGUAAACAGAGGAAGCUGGAAACAUGGAGGAAAGCGAAGUAGCAACACAAAAGAACUCUGUAGAUAAAGACUCAGUAGAAAAGCAGACUAAUGAAGCUACAGGAGAAGUUUCCUCACAGGUGUUAAACCCUGGAUCAGAGGCUCGCUACAAGAGGCUGAAGCUGUUCGACAAGGUGAUGCAGAAGAGCCUGAAGAAGUUCAUCGAGCAUGCCAGUUUUAACAGAUUCGCCAGCACAUUUCGGCCGCUGUACAAGAAGAACCCACAGAGGAUGGAGAGCAUUCACAAGCAGUUCAUUGAGGAGUUGCAGAGGACUAUACAGGAGGACAUCAGCAGAUUGAUUGAAGAAGGCCGGCUAGAGUUCAAACUGAAUGAGCUGGACAAACUGGAGAGUGCUGCCAAGAAAAGUGCAGAUCCUGCAUGGCGGCCGAGUGGGGUUCCUGAGGACGACUUUUGCAGCUUUUUGAUGCCAUACUAUCAAAAGCAGGAGGCCUACAUGCGACUGGAACUAAAAAAGAUUCAAGCGGAGAACGCUGCCUUAGCACAGAAAGUUCAGGCUGGUAGAGAGAGUCUUGCACAGACUGAACAUCGGAUUUCUACGGCUGUUGAUGAGUGGAAGGCAUCGGUCACAGAGUUUGAAAGGCUGGCAUCUUCUCUCUGCCCUGCUGAUGUCUUCGAUGUGUGAUCUUCACAUUAUUUCACAUGCAGAUAUAUCACCUAACUUAACUGUACAUAUCAAUUUUGUUUACUCUGCCUGUUUGUAUGAAAAUAACGACGGAGUAUUAGGGCCACAUUGAGGAACAAAAAUCUGAGAUUUCAAGAAUAAAGUCAUAAAUUUAUGAGAAAAAAGU